GCAUUCUCAAUCCAAUGACCACAAACAUAAUACAAAUCAUUAGCAAUAAAGAAGUUUUGUUUAGCAAUAUUUUAGAAUAUCAUGAAAGCAAAAUUUUAGAUAAUGACAGUGAUAAUAAAUCCUAACGAUAAUAUUGAUAUUGCUUUUGAGAAAGCUAAAACAGAAUAAAUUUAGACUGAGACAUUAAAAACAAAACCAACCUUUGGAGAGGACACCUAAUCUAUAAUAUCUGACUCAUCAUUUUUGAAAUCUACAGCAGCUAUUAAAUAAUUUGUUCCUAUUGCUCCUAUUAAUCAUAGUGAAAUAUCUAAAAUGGAUAAAAAGGAAGAAUUUUAGCCAACAGUUUUACAUUUAAUAGUUGUAGGAGCUGCAUGUCUUUUAAUUGGCUACUAUACACACAUGUUUAAGAGUGAUGGAAAGAAUUGCUGA